AUGGGGCUCUGGCCUAGCGGCCUUCGUUUUGCCACUCCGUCCGAUACCGCCUCACUAUCGAUUAUCUUCGAUUCGGACUACUACAGCCAUGUGACCUUCGAAAACUCAUCCCUUUCGGCCAUACCACAAACAGUGUUCGCAAAAUCCAGUGGCGUGGAAACGUUCAACGCAUCGGGGUGUGAUAUUUACGAGUUGUUGCCCAAAACGUUCCGUCACGCAGUUGACUUGAAGUAUCUAUAUCUCGACAACAACAGGCUGCGCAAAACGUACGGUAGUAUGUUUUUAGGAGCAAGAAGUUUGGAACUCCUCAGCCUGUCUAAAAACCAACUCGAAACGAUCGAUCCGCAGACGUUCAGGGGAAUUUCGUACGUGCAGGAAAUAGAUUUUAGUGGCAACCUGUUGCGCACGCUACCGGAUCUGUUUUUCGUGGAUAAGCCAAAGCUAAAAAAGUUGUCGUUAGCGGACAACUUCUUGCAGGAGCUCAAGAAGGAGACGUUCGGUGAAAUGACGGCACUGCAGGAGCUGGAUCUGAGUGGAAACAUGCUGCGAACGCUUGUGGCCGGCACGUUCGACGGGCCGUGGCAAUUGGAACAGCUCCUCCUGCAAAACAACCGGCUAGAGGUGAUUGAAGCAACGGCCUUUGAGCACCUGGUCAAGCUGAGGGGAUUGAACUUAAGCAACAACAAUUUGAAAGUCCUACCAGCAACGGUCUUUAACUCGAUGGGUGUUUUAAGGGAGCUGGAACUACAGCAGAACUAUCUGUCACACCUGGACAGUGCCACGUUCGAGGAGAAUCUCAGAUUGGUGAUGAUCAAUCUGGACAACAAUACGAUCGCAACGCUCCAGCCCGCAUUGAUACAGAAUCUCACCGAUCUGCAGCGUUUCUCUAUCGAGUAUAAUCAAUUGCAGGAGCUGGAUGUGCAGCUGUUCGCGCACAGUACCGAUCUGAAGCGGCUGUGGUUGACUGGAAACUUCCUGCGGCACAUCAAUCCCGGUACGUUUGACACGUUGGAACAGUUGGAAGAUUUGUACCUUGCAGGUAACUUGCUUAGUUCAAGGUCAUUCGAACGACUGUAA